GGGUGAAUCUUGUCAAUUCCCCCCUCCUAUUGCAGAGUCCCAGUUUGCUCCCCAUACUUGUUCCUUUGUCUCCACCAACCUGAAAAAGCACAAUUUCAAGGGGCAAAGAAGGUUGGAAUGGGGAUGGGUGGGUUGUCUUCUUUUAGCAUGACUCUGCUUGCCUGCUUUAGGAUCCAAGUCAUUGCUUGUCCGCCGCUGCACAAUGAAAUCAUUUCUUAAGUGAGAUGUGAACUCCCACAUUCAGCUAUCUUUCCAUCAGACCACACAGCGUGAGGUACUGCUUGCUGGCCACACUUGUAUUUUUUCCACUUCUUAACAGCCUGUGAUUACCUGCACUUGUUUAUCUCCAAGCAUACCAAGCAGGGGAAAGAAGGAGCAAUUUGGGAUGUCUUACUAGCUACAGCAAAAUCGGUGUGAUACCUUUUGGUUGGUUCUAAUAAAAAGUGCUCCUGGGGUGGUCAGGAUCCGUCGCCAGCUGCCCAUCUCUCCUGCUAGCUCUGUGACUUACAUAACGGCGGCUCAGAGCGUGUGGCCAGCUGCCCAGAUGGAUAAUGAAAUCUCACCAGGGCAUUUAUCAGCAGCCGAGAUGGACAAUGGGCAGCGAGGGUUGGACCCAGACCAGCUGCAGCAGCAGCAGCUCAAACUCCGUGAAAGGCAGAGAUUCUUUGAAGAAGUUUUCCAGCAUGAUGUAGAUUUCUUCUUCCCGGUAUCUCAUCUGCAGAUUGAGCACAGGAGACCUCCCCUUGGCAGCAUUUCCUCCAUGGAGGUGAAUGUGGACAUGCUGGAACAGAUGGACAUGCUGGACCUCUCUGACCAAGACACUGUGGAUGUGUUUCUCAGCUGCGGGACGGAGGACAACAACAACGUUGCCACUCUCUUACCAGAGUCCAACCACUACCAAGAAGAAAUCUCUCUGCAAGUGCCCAGCACGGCCGAGAUCAAAUCCCGGAUCUCGUCCACCUCUUCUGCCUCCACAGACCUGAACAGCCUGGACACCAGCGACGAAGGGGCCGAGACGCCUGUAGUGCAAUCUGAUGAGGAAGAGCUGCAGCAAGACAGCCCCAAAGAGCAGGAGACCAGAAGUUAGCAGAGGGGAAGGAGGAGGGGGGGGGGCUGCUUUGCUCCACAUCCACCCUGCCGCAUGGACUCUUCCAGCAUGAGAUGGUGAAGGGACUUGGCUGGCUAGCUCUUGGACUCCUCUGUAUGCCAGCCACUGUACUCGGAGAGCCCUUCCUCCUGGAAGAUGGUCAGUGUGUGGUCAGCAAAGGAGCAGAAGGGGAAAUGGGGUGAGGUGUGAGGGUGCUGUAGAACUUCAGAAAUUAAUUCUCCAAGCUUUUUAUGCUAACGUUACUGCUUCACUCACCCUGAAUUACUUGUGGCUCCAACCACAGCUAUUUCAGGCGAGGCCUUGGUGUUCGAAUGCUUGCUGUCUCCUCUCUCUCUCUCUCUCUCUCUCUCUCUCUCUCUCUCUCUCUCUCUCUCUCUCUCACACACACACACACACACACACACACACACACACACAAUAUGUUUAACUAUAAAAUAGUAGAAAUUAUAUUCCUUUCAAAUUAACAAGGAUGAUGUGUGUUAUUGGGAAAGAGCCAGUGAAGCAUUCUGGGUAGUAAGGAUGAUGAACCAAUGGCUGAACUGUAAAGACACUAAGCUUCACUGGUGUCAGAGUUGGGAUUUUCCGUCAAAUACUUUAUUUUCACACAUACCUUGGAAGGCAAGAACCAGCCCAUGAGAAGAAAUUGGGCUUUAGGGAUCUAGUGUGGUAGUAAUGAAGAAUCUACUUGCAAUGGGCUUACAGGACUUGUCACGCACCAAGCUAGUGGAAUCUGCCAGCUAUAUAUGGUACCCCACCAAGGUCUUGCAAAACUACCUGUUUGGGGCAUCCGUAUGAGAAUCCAAAACAAAUAGAUCAUCGAGUUCCUAGAAGAGGCUCUGAUACAAGGCUGAUAUUCAGCUUACUAGGUCUCAAGAGUUGCUUAGCCCUGAUUUAGGUCUCUAUCUUGUGAGCAAAAGAACCUUGAAUUGCCAUUUUUAAGGGUCUCCUGGUAUAAUGACACAAACAUCAUGAACUGAAUGUCAGGAAGUCCUUUGUUCAAACAAACUCACAAGGUGCCUGUAGAUAAGCCACCAUCUCUUGGUUUCAGCCUCUACAAUAUAAAGAUAGUCAUACUGGCCCACCUUACAGAUAUGUUGUACAGAUCACUAAUGUAUGCAAGGUGCUGUGGACACUCAUUGCUAGGUAUUCAUAUCUCUGGACAUUUCUAAAUGGUCUCCACUGCUAAUUAAUGGGGAAUGUUAAAUUUACAUAUUUAAAGGAAUUAAUAGAAAUUUUGCACAGCUCGGGGAUAAGACUUUACACGCAGAAAAUUCCAGGCAGGAGUCCAGGCAUUUCCAGCAGAAAAGAUCUCAGGUACCAGGGUGGGAAAAGACUUCUGCCUGUGACACAUAUCCACUGCCAGUCAGAGUAGCCAGUACUGAAUUAGAUAGAGCAAUGGUCUGAGUUUUAAACACUCUCGGAGAGAUGGCAUCUCUAGGCACGGCUGAGGUCACACUGCUUGUUAUUCACACAUCAAUAUCAUGUAACAGUGACAGGAGUAGCUAUGGCUCACAGGCAGGGAACAUCAUGCUCUGUAUCUGGAAAGUCCCAGGUUCACCCCCUGACUCCUCUUCUUUAAACGAUCUCGGAGUAGCAGGGUUAGGAAAGAAUGUUCUCUGCAUGAGAGCUUGAAGAGCUGCUGCUAGUCAGAAUAGACAGAUAGAGUCAGAAUAGACAUGUAAGACAGUAUCAGAUACUUCUCUAUCACAGACAAAAAAGAAAUAGGCGCAAACUAUGCAUAGGAACUAUUUGGGGGAGGCAAUAAUACAGGGUGAAACAGUCCAAUGGUGAGUGCAGAAGGGGUUUAAAACAAAAUAACUUUUAUAUAUUAGGGCCCGAAUACACGUUACAUUUUCCCCAAGGUUUGCACAACCCACGUGUGCUUGCAAAUUCCCCACUGAUAAUUCAAUUCCCAGGCGUGUGGGGUCCAAUUCAGAUUGGGACUCUGGUACUCAAGGAGAAGGGGCUUCAGCCUCCCCUGAUGUCAUUUUACUGUCCUGAAGCAGCUUCAGGAGCUAUUUAUCGCAUUGGGUGUUCCACUGAUGAGGUACAGUUUUCCCAGUGGGACGAAAUGUACUUCCCUGGGGCCAUUUUGAGUUGGGAAAAUGGUGUGGGAAGGAAUGCUUAAGCCCCUUCUCCUCCUGUCCUGCAAUCCCAAUCUGAAUAGGGCCCUGCAGUCCCAAUCUUAAUUGGGCCCUCAUGAAUGGGAAUUGAGUUCCCAGUGGGGAACUCACAAGCACAUGCCUUAUGGCAGCCCCAGACCAGACUGCCAUAUAGUUAUUCACUAAUGGUUCCAGUUAAUAGCCUCAAUGUGUAAAAUGGCUCUAUCAUUGCUGAAACAGCAUAUGCUAUUACAAAAGACAUUCACUUUCCAGCAGAAUCCUAUAAUUUAUUACGUAAUACUGAAUGUGUGAACUCCCUACGUGAGUAUGUGAAGUCACCCCAACUCUUCUUGGUCAUAAGGUUGCCCUCUUGCACCAUACACUGUCCAGCCACCUAUAAAGCCCUCAGCAGUUAAAGCACUUCAGAUUCCUCCUCCACCUUCCUUCCCAACUGCUGUGCAUCCGAGCUGAAGUUCUGCUACCCAUAGUAGACUGGAGAAAAAGUGUGAGAGAGGCACCACAGCCUCCUCAUCUCCAAUUUUGAAAAUUAGACAAACAACGCCUAAGUUACAAACUAAAUGCAUGGGUUCCCAUUGGGUCUUGAGCGAUCCAUUGCACGUGUGGCGUGAACAUUUCUAUCCUCCCAAUUCUAGCAUCUCCUUGGCAUGUGUUGCAAGAACUGUAAAUGUGGAACCUUCAAGUGGACCAGGAAUGUACAGUAGAAUGCAGCAAUUGGCACCUGGGGGGUAAAUAGGAACACAUCGUGUAGGAGGUUGCUUUCAAAUAAUGAAUAAUUUGUGUAACUGUUGUAACAAUGUUUUUCAUAAUAUUUACACUGUUCAUCUCCAAUUUAAUGUUGAGAUAGAGGACUGUCAUUUGCAGAAAUCCAGCUGAAGUUAAAAGACUGAAUCACUGGCAGAGCAUCUGCUUUGCACACUGCCAGGUUCAAUCUCCUCCACCUCGUUAAAAAGGGAUCAGGAAGUGGUUGAUGUGAAAGGCCUCCUUCCACUGAAUUGCUGCUGCUAGUCAAACUAGACAGUAUUAACCUUGAUAAACCAAUGGCCUGACAUAAUGUCAGGUGACUUCAUGUGCCAUUCAACAAACACCUGUUAUUUUCCUUGCUGCAGUUCUAAGAACCAUUCUGGUCCUCACAUGAACUCAUUCAGUUACAUGAAUGCAAGUUUCAAGUAGCCUGAGACGUUUUCAAAAUUAUACACAUCCUACAGAGAAAACAAACUGUGUGUUUGUGGUCAUAUGUGAUUAUCGUAGACAAGCACCUAUUGCUACUGACAUGCGGUGAGGAGGUGUAGUCUAGCACAGCAUCCCAUCAUGCAUGCACACUGCAAAAAUAAAAAUGCAUAUGCAGUUGGCAUGCAUGAUAACAAUACAGCUUACAUGCUUUCUUUUAACACAAAUCAUCAGUAAUGUUUGAAGCAGCCCUCAGGUUAGUUGAAGACCUCAGGUCUGGUUUAAUCAGGCAGGUGGCAUCAUAAUUUAAAGAGAAAAACAAUAACCACCCUUACUGUGAAAGUGGAAUAUUCUUAAGAAAGGGUGUAUAAAUAAGCCAGGGCCUGCUCAGUUCCUGGGGUGUUCCCCCCAGUUGCCUGGCACAGGCGCUGAUUCAACUCAUCAGCCAGCCCCCCUUGGGUUGAGGCUGCAAGGUCUAGCAUUAGAGCUUCCAUCCAGGUGCAAAUGAGUCAUGAUUUCUCCAAAUACAGCUCUCUUAAUUGCCUUUCAGACAGCUGAAUAGAAAGGGAAAGUCUGGAAAGAGGAAGUGACUCAGGGCACUACAUCAGGUGGGUGGAGAAAGAGUUCUGUGAGAAAUCUGGCAGCCACAGACAACCUACCCGAAGCUGUGAGGAAACCAGUGGAAAAAUACAGACAGUGACAGGGUUAACUCGUAAACUCAAGUUGCUUCCACAGGAGCCAUUUCUUAACAGUUUUGUUGAAAAUAUAUGCCAGGAACCUCAUUUUAGCAUUUGAUGUGCAAGUUUUCAGAGCAGAGACUUGAAGACAGUAUAAUAGAGCCAUAGCUAGCCAUGGUACAUAUGUUUAAUGUAUUGUCGAAGGCUUUCACGGCCGGAGAACGA